AUGGAAGACAUUGAACAAGGCAAAGUCGCGAUAACCUCCCAACCCAAACUCAAAGAUGAAGAAGACGACUCCCAUUCCUCCAAGUUGUCCGUCGCCGUGGGCCAGUCCCAGCUUGCUGGAGUGACGCCGCCCCACGAGUCCUACGAGGGAUACCACCGCUUCGACCCGACGGCAUCAUGGAGUCCCAAAGAAGAGCGCAGCGUGGUGUUCAAGACGGAUUUGAUGCUGCUGAGCUGGAUUUGCCUCAUGUUCUUCGGCCUCCAACUCGACCGCGGCAAUCUCUCCAAUGCAUUAACGGAUAACCUCCUGAAAGAUCUGAACAUGACCACAAACGACUACAAUAAUGGCACAACAAUCCAACUCGUCUGCUUCCUCGCCGCCGAGUUCCCCGUCCAGCUCCUCACCAAGCGCUUCGGCUUCAAGCGCGUCCUGCCCUGCAUGAUGAUGGCCUGGAGUUUAGUCUCCUGGACGCAAGCAUGGAUGACCUCCCGGGCUGCAUUCUACGUGACUCGUGCGCUGAUCGGCGCGUGCGAGGGCGGGUUCAUCCCCGGGACGAUUCUCUUCGCGACGUAUUUCUACAAGACGGGGGAGUUGUCUGUGCGGCUGUCCUUUUUUUGGUCCACACUUAAUGUUGCACGUAUUAUCUCCUCGUUGCUGGCGGCGGGAAUUCUACAGAUGCGCGGUGUCCACGGCCAAACGGGGUGGUUCUGGCUGUUUCUGAUUGAGGGAUUGUUGACUUUUGCUAUUGGGUUGCUUAGCUUCUUCUACCUCCCGCAUUCCCCGACGAAUACCAAGAGCGUCCUCUACCCUCGUUCAUGGUACACCGAGCGCGAGGAAGUCAUUAUGAUUAAUCGCCUCCUCCGCGACGACCCCUCCAAAGGCCUCACGCACAUCCACGACCGCGCCACCCUCACCGACAUCCUUAACGCCUGGAGCGACAAGUCAAUGUGGGGGCUGUACCUCAUCGGCUUGGUCGCGUAUAUCCCGCAGUCACCUGUGCAGGCAUACCUCUCGCUCACCCUCAAACGCCUCGGCUUCUCUACCUUCGACGCAAACAUGCUCUCCAUCCCCUCCGCCGCACUGCAGAUCAUCCUCAUGCUGGCGCUGUCCAAGAGCAGCGAUUUCUUCAAGGAGCGGACAUUCCACUGCUUCAUUGGCGAACUGUGGUCGUUGCCGCUGCUGGCGGCGUUGCUCGCUCUGCCAGCGCAUGGGUACAAUUGGCCGCGGUUCGCCAUCACGACCAUGAUCUCCGGGUAUCCGUAUUUCCAUCCGAUUGUCUCGUCCUGGAUCUCGGAGAAUACGUUCGAUGUGAAGAAGAGGGCUAUCACGGCGGCGACGUACAACGUGAUUGUCCAGGUUGGCUCGGUCAUUUCGUCUCAAAUCUAUCGCGCCGAUGACUCGCCCUACUACUACAGGGGCAACAAGGUCCUUAUAUCCAUCUGUGCGCUUUCACUCGUCGUCUUCGUCUCCCAGCGCGAGUUCCUGCGCUAUCUUAAUCGGCAAAAGGAGAAGAAGUGGAGCGCCAUGUCGGCCGAGGAGAAGGUCUUGUACCAGUCGGACCAGGAGGCGAGAGAGAAGGAGGGUAACAAACGUCUAGAUUUCCGUUUCAAGUAUUGA